AUGGAUUUGGAAGUGGAUGGCACCUAUAGAGCAUUCGAUUUUAUGAAAACAGACCUGGUCAUCAGUAAAACGACCUUUCCAUUAUUUAUAUUGACUUCUAAUCUGACACAUUUAAUAGCUUUGGAGGAGAAGAUUACUUCACUGGCUGAUAAUAAUAACUUCAGAGGUCGUAGUCGGUCGAAAUAUUUCACACCAGUAAUACUACUGCUGCAUUGGAAUGGUGGUAGCGAAAUCCUUCAUUUUUUUGCAUACAGGCAGGAGAUAAAAUCUCCACAUCCUGUCAAAUUAUCAGUUGUGGAUGGGGAUGAAAAUAUGCUAGUGGAGGAUUUAAGAGACCUUGUUGCUCUCAACCUGUUUGCUCUUGCGGAAGAAGAACGUUUCGAAGUCGUGCUACGCAAUGCAGUAAUAGAUAAUGGAAGAAAUGGAAGAGAAAAUGGCGUUAGUAUUAAGAAGGGGAGAAGAAAGGGAUAA